AUGGCCAACGAAGAUUAUAGAUAUUUGGUUAGUAAGAACCUCUAGUUUAACCUUCAGAUCUUUCUUAAACUAUCCUAAAUCUAGAACAUUGAUAACGAUUAUGAAUUUUUAUAAAUAUAUGCUGCUUAAUAUUAUCAUAAUUCAAUUUCUGGAUUGAUAUAUUCCAAAUUCCUUGUCUUUCGUUAAAUUUAAAGUAAAAAUAUAAGAGCAGUAAAAAAAUUAUUGACAAAAGAGCAUAUGCUGAUGGACCAAAGUUAAUUCGAAAAUCUGAAGGUAGAUUAAACCUAACUAAAAAUGUACCAUUUGAAAAAAUUGAAACAUUUAUCUUAUCAUUAUAAAGAAGGCAUGAUACAUUCCAGGUACUUAAAGAGUAAUUACAUAUAGAUUAGUUAUAAAAAAAAAAGGGAUGUUACAUGUUGUUAUUCUUAAUUUACAAUCAUUGCAUAAGAAAAGUUUGUCGUAUUGAAUGAAUCAUACAUCAAAAUCGGUUCUAACAAAUUUUCAACUAAAAGAUUAUUCAAAUAAUAAGCUCCAAUUAUAUUAUAAGAAUUAUUAAUAUGA